AUGAUUUGUCCUUUUUCCUUCCUUUCUUUCCGCUGCCUCCUUUUUUUCCUUCUUUCCUUUUCCUUUUUUUUCCUUUCCUUUCUUUUGCCUCCUUUUUCCUUCCUUCCUUUUUUCCUUCCUUUUUUUCCUUCCUUUCUUUCCGCUGCCUCCUUUUUCCUUCCUUUCUUUCCUGCCUCCUUUUUCCUUCCUUUUUUCCUUCCUUUUCCUUCCUUUCUUUCCGCUGCCUCCUUUUUUCCUUCCUUUUUUCCUUCCUUUCUUUCCGCUGCCUCCUUUUUCCUUCCUUUCUUUCCGCUGCCUCCUUUUUCCUUCCUUUCUUUCCGCUGCCUCCUUUUUCCUUCCUUUCUUUCCGCUGCCUCCUUUUUCCUUCCUUUCUUUCCGCUGCCUCCUUUUUCCUUCCUUUCUUUCCGCUGCCUCCUUUUUUUUCUUUUUCCUUUCUUUUUCCUUCCUUUCUUUAUUGCCUCCUUUCUUUCCGCUGCCUCUGUUUUUCAUUCUUUCUACUGCUUUCUUUUUUCUUUCUUUUUAUUGCCUCCUUUCUUCAUCUUUUUCUUUUUACUGCCAGCUUUUUCCUUUCCUUUCUUUUUUUCCAUCUUCAACUUUUUUCUUCCUAUUAUUUUAUUUUUUUUACCUUUUUCAUUAUCCUUUGUUAUUCUUGUUCAUCCUCUGUUCUCCUUUUUGUUUCUUUUUAUAUUUUUUAUUUUAUCUAUCGUACUUUUGUUUUUUCUUCCUCUAUUUUUGCUAUAUCAUUCUAAUCUAAAAUUAAAAAAUGCCUUUGUUGUUUUUAUUUAUUUAUUUAUUUAUUUAUUUUUUUUUUACUCAUUUUCCUUAUUUUCCUUUGGUUUCCAUCUGUUAACACUGCUUUUUAUUACCUUUACAAUUUCUCUCCUUUCCACUCCAACUCUCUUUCUCUCUCCUUUCCACUCCAACUCUCUUUCUCUCUCCUUUCUUUCUCUUUCUCUCUCUUUCUCUCUCCUUCUCUCCAACUUUCUUUCUCUCUUUCCUUUCCCUCCACCUCUCUUUCUUCUCCUUUCCACCCUCCUCCUCUCCACCUCUUUCCUUCCUUCCACCCUCCAUCUCUCCACCUCUCUUUGCUUCUCCUCUCCACCUCUCUUUGCUUCUCCUCUCCACCUCUCUUUGCUUCUCCUCUCCACCUCUCUUUGCUUCUCCUCUCCAACUCUCUUUGCUUCUCCUCUCCAACUCUCUUUGCCUCUUUCCUCAUUUUUUUUUACCUCUUUAUAUGCCUCCUUUCCUCUCUCUCCAGCCCACUCUCUCUCUCUAGUGUGCUCUCUCCACUCUCUCUCUCUCUAA